UUAUACAAAUCAACACUAGUUAAUGACAAAAUUGCACAUCCUCAUGACCCCAUUUGCCUCUGUUGGGUCUACUGAUAGAAACAAGCCAACUUAAUUUCCAAAUUCAAACACACCCACAAAACCCCCUUUCAAAAUGUUCACUAACACUUCCCCAAGACCACCAAAAGUUUGAACUUUGAAGGUAUCUUUAUGCAUUAGAACACCAAAACUUUUGAAAUUUCUGGUAAUGUAAGGUGAGUAAGCUAAAGUACUCUUUUUUAUAUCUAUCUUAGUAUUAUAAUUUAUGGGUUUCUUGGAAUUAUCAACUAGUUAUGUGUUUUUGAUGAAAUCUUGAAAAAGUUUGAAGCUUUUUGUAGCAUUUCAGUCUGCUAAAAUGCGCCUGACUAAACCCAUUAUUAAACAAGAAUCUUUUUCACCUCCUAUCCAUCCUCCUCCUCCAAGCAAUUCCACUUUGUUUGCUAAAAACAUUGUGAUAAUAAUAGUAGUAAUGUUCUUCAUAUGUGGUGUGCUCCACUUUCUUGUGAGGUUUAUCUUAAACAAGAUAAGAUUAUCCUUAAAUCCUCAUCAUGAAUCCAGAAGAUUUCAAGAAAGCGGUGAUGGUGAAAGUGUUAAUGAUGCUGCUAUCUAUCAAAGACAGUUGCAACAACUCUUCAACUUACAUGACUCUGGGUUAGAUCAGUCUUCCAUUGAUGCACUACCAGUGUUCAGUUACAAUGAACUAAAGGGGGGGUUUAAAGAACACCACCAUUGUGCUGUUUGCCUUUGUGAGUUUACUGAACAUGAUAAGCUGAGGUUACUUCCAGUGUGUAGUCAUGCUUUUCAUACUCAUUGUAUAGACACUUGGUUGUUGUCAAACUCAACUUGUCCUUUAUGUAGAGGAAACCUUUUUACUCCUGGGUUUUCUGUUAUAAAUCCAGUCUUUGACUUUGACUUUGACUUUGAGUUUGACCAUGUUCAUUCAAGAGAAGAAGAAGAAGAAGAUGAUGAUGAUGAUGAUGAUGUGGUUUCUGGUAAUACCAAUGAAUGUGAAAGGGUGUAUCCAGUUAGACUUGGUAAAUUUAGAGCCAUUGAUGGUGAGAAAGAAGAAGAUAAACAAGAGGUGGGGCAGACUAGCAAUGGGAAUAAUAAUAAUCUUGAUGAAAGAAGGUGUUACUCAAUGGGAUCUUAUGAGUAUGUGGUGGCAAACUCAGAUUUACAAGUGGCAUUUUGUGGUGAUAAGGGUAGGAAUGGAAACAUUGAUUUGAGAAUUCAGAAAGAUAAGAUGAAUGAGGGUACAAAUGGUAAGGAGAUUAGUAAUGGAAGUAAAGGUGAGAGCUUUUCUGUUUCCAAGAUUUGGCUUUGGUCCAAGAAAGAUCAUCAUAAAUUUCAAGAUUCUUCAACAAACACAUGGUCAUAUCCUCUCUCAAUGUAACGUGUCAUUAUACAAGUCAAAUUAUAUCACAUUACAUGUAUUUACUUCUUGAUUUUGAAUCCCAUAUGUUUAAUCCUA